CUCUUUUGCUUCAUAGGAUGGCCAAGGUGUCAGCUGGAAAGUUUUACUCUUAACCUUUCGGAAACUGAAUCACUGUAUAGUUCUGCCUGACUGUGUCUCCUGAAGUCAACUGAACAGGUGUUGCUCAACAUGGAGGGCAACAAGUUGACUUUUUUUGAGAAGUUGCGUCUCAAAACAAAACUGCCCAACACAAAAAAGCCACGCAAAAAACCUCUUGCCAAGCAAGGAAGGAAUAUGCUUAAUCGGCGAAGUAUGUCUGUACCAGACCUAACUUUAGUGCCAGGUCUAGCCCUUGCUACAGAAAGCUCUCUCACAUCCAAGGCCUCUGAUGCAAUCUCCUUUAGUAUCUCUUCUGGUCAAAGUGAUACCGAUUCAGUGGCGAGCUGGUCAAACACUGAUGGGCCUCUGAACACAGACAAAAUCAAUGAACCGGUGCCAGAAAUUACAUUUAGAACUCAUCCAAAUCCUUCAGCUGCAGCUCUGAAAAGACUGAGUGCACCAGUGGAGGUAUUCAGUUACGAAGAACCAAAAAUCACAACAAAUUCAGAUUUAGACAACAAAAUGGCUUCAAUUCCAGAAAACUUGUACACACAAGUGAACAAAAAGAGGAACAUACCUAUUCCUAUUGACUCCAGUUUUUUACCAAGGAAUACUUCUGGGACUCUUGCACAGUCAGACCUUUCAGAGGGACUGAGUCUGUCCGGUGAAACAGAGAAAGAGCUUUCAGACAACGUUGCAUCAGCCUUGCCUAGAGUCAGUUCGCAGGGGAAAGAGAUGACUCCAUUUCUAGAUAAGAGCACCCCACUCUUUGAGCCAAAAAAGUUCACAUUUCAACUGACUCCUCCAGUAAAAAGAAAGAACGCUUCUGCAGAGAGAUUAGCUCUACAGAUUCCCCUGGGAAGUGGCGACGGUAAUUCCGUGGACUCUCCAUGCACUUCUCCCACUGAGGAGAGAACCAGCAUAUCGUGGGCAAAAGAAAUUGAGGUACUGAUGGGUGAUACAAGCAACCCUUUGCUGAUGUCACAGACGUCCAUGGAAGACAGCAUAUUGGAGCCUGAUGAGUCUCUAGACGAGACAGCUGCUGAAGCUGGAGAUAACUUUGAUGAAAGUUCUCUAUAUCCUUCAGAAAGUUCUGACUUUGUGUCAACUGGCCCUGACAUCCAGUCGCCUGCCCCAUUUCAGAGGUACCUCCUAAAUAUCAACCUAAAGUGGGGAAAAAACCUGGUUAUCAGAGACAAGCGCUCAGGCUCCAGUGAUCCUUAUGUGAAAUUCAAACUUGAAGGGAAACAGUUCUAUAAAAGCAAAGUUGUCUAUAAAAGCUUGAAUCCUCGGUGGAACGAGUCCUUCUCUCAUGCUAUUCGAGACCGAGAGCACAAUGUGGAGCUUCGAGUUUACGAUAAAAAUCGUACCGCUGAUGAGUUCAUGGGAUCAACCUGUAUUCCUCUGACUAAUCUGGAGUUGUACAAAACCUAUGAAAUGGACCUCGCCCUGGAAGAUUCAAAAAGCAAAGAGGAUGACAUGGGAAUUAUUGGUGUUGAAGUGUGUUUGAUGCAUAGAGAUGCAACCAUCAAAAAAGGCCCUAGAUUUCGUCAAAAAAAGAACAAGCAGAACCAGGCCUUGCAGAACAACCGCUCAGCCGACGCUUCGAAGAAUCAGGCGAAGAACCAGAUGUGGAGCGGCGUGUUCCGCAUCACCCUGGUGGAAGGCCAGGACCUGCCACCGUCCAGCAAUGGAGACGUUUACGUCCGCUUUCGCCUCGGGGAUCAGAAGUACAAGAGCAAGAACCUUUGCAUUCAAGAGAAUCCCCAGUGGAGGGAAGAGUUUGACUUCAAUAAAUUUGAAGAUAACCAGGAACUGCAGGUGGAGGUGUUCUCAAAGAAGGGGAGGAAGGGGGAAGAAUCAUGGGGGAUUUUUGAGAUUGACCUAUCGAAGCUUGCCCUUAAUGAGAGCCAGCUCUACACCCACAUGCUAAAUCCAGGAAAAGGCAAGCUGGUCUUCCUCGUGAUACUCUUGCCCUGCUGGGGAGUCUCCAUCUCUGACGUGGAAUCAUCUACUUUGGCGAACCCAGAAGAGAAAGAUGCAAUCAUUGAAAAAUUUAGUUUGAGAAACUGUCACCAUUGUGUUGGAGAGGUCGGCUUCCUUCAGGUCAACAUCAUAAGAGCGAAUGAGCUUCCCUCCACAGACAUAAAUGGGAAAACAAACCCCCUGUGUGUUGUUGAGCUUGGAAACUGCAAACUUCAAACCACCACAAGCUACAAAACCGGUAACCCAGAGUGGAAUCAAGCCUUUACGUUCCCAAUCAAGGACAUUAAUGAUGUGGUGGAGUUGACUGUGCUUGAUGAAAAUGGAGACAAAUCCCCCAACUUUUUGGGCAAAGUGGCCAUCCCUUUACUGAGCGUCCAGAAUGGCCAGCAGAUGUGUUUGUACCUGAAGAAAGAAAACCUGGAGAGAACUGCCAAAGGGACCAUCACACUACAGAUGGACGUUAUCUACAACAAAGUCAGAGCUGGGAUCAGAACCUUCCAACCAAAGGAGUCCAAAUUAAUUGAAGAAAAUCUGAAGAUCAACAAAAAGGUUCUUGCCAGGAAUAUAUAUCGGGUUCGAAAAAUCAGCACAGCAGUCCUUUACACGUUACAGUACAUUAAAAGCUGUUUUCAGUGGCAGAGCACGCAACGGAGUCUAAUAGCCUUUCUGAUCUUCCUUGUGACAGUGUGGCACUGGGAUCUCUUCAUGCUGCCACUCUUCCUGCUUCUGCUCAUCGGCUGGAACUACUAUCAGCUCUCGACAGGAAAGGCCAGCUCCAACCAGGACCUGGUGAACAUGACCAUGGGUGACGACGAAGAGGAAGACGAGAAGGAACCAGGAAAGAAGGGCUUGAUGGACAAAAUUCAUAUGGUCCAGGAAGUGGUGCUGGUUGUUCAGACCAGUUUGGAGGAAGUGGCAAACAUGGGGGAGCGAAUCAAGAACAUAUUCAACUGGUCUGUUCCAUUCUUGUCUUCUUUGGCUUGUCUGGUCCUGUUUGUGGCAACGGUGCUGUUAUACUACAUCCCUCUGCGAUACAUUGUGCUGAUAUGGGGCAUUAACAAGUUUACCAAGAAGCUGCGCAAGCCGUAUUCCAUUGACGGUAAUGAAAUGCUAGAUUUCCUCGUGAGGGUGCCGUCUGAUGUUCAAAAGGUGCAGUACAGUGCACAGAGAGCGCCCACCAGCCAGAACCAGAAGAAGAAGAGAUAAAACUCUGUGGAAUCGGCGGAUGAAAGGCUGGGCUCUUUUUACAUGUGAUGCAGUCCACCUGACAGCAACGCUCCAGUGCCAGCCCGACCUUUGACUCCGCGUACCCCACAACGCCACCCAAACUCUGCCCCCUGCUGCUGAGGGGCAGCCAGCCGCUCUCUGGAUUGUGUGUUUGCCACCCCCCUGACAGGGGCUGUGAACUGCAGGAACCAGGAGGGCAGCACAUGGCGCUGUCAAUCACAAACUUGGAAGUAAAGAAAAGAGAACGUUAAGCAGCUCAGCCUUCAUCUAUGGAAAUCAUUUGGAAGAGAACCGGGACAUGUCUGGUUUGGCUUACCUCCCCCGUUUUUCUCUCUUUUUUUUUUUACGAGUGAGUUAAAUUAGAUAUUUCUGUCAAAUGAAAGAUGGCACAAUCAAAACACUGUAGUGGAAAGUCUUUAUUGUUUAUUAAAGAGAAAUUGCAAUGUAGCACAUUUAGAAAUAUUUAACUGUCAAAAUAAAUUGUGAUGUAUUUUUUCAAAAGCAUUAUAUUAACAUGAUUAUUUCUCUCAACAAGCUAAUGUCAAUACAGUUAUGCCUUUAAAACCUUUUAACUCCAGCUUCCUGUUUGCAAUUUUAUCUGAAAUUUUAAAUUAAUUUAAAAUAAAAAUUACAUCUCAUAUUUA